CCGGCGCGAAAGACGCGAGUUAGCUGCCUAGAAGUGAAGGAGAAGGCGCAAGUGGGAAAAAGGGUUGUUUUAGAGUAGAGAUGACUGCACAGCCCUAUGGAAUUUGCAAUCUGUGAUUGCCUUGUAAAAAGAAGAGUGCGUAUGUCACUACAUUAGACAUGUGGUGUUUCUAAAUAUUCGAUGAUACUGGCUAGUGACAUGUGGUAUGAUAACUCUCUUGUAUGCUGGGCAGGGCAUUGAGCCACAGCUCCCAGUCAGCCAUGCAAUCAUGAGGGAAAGCAUCUGAUACUCAACAGUGCACUGUGUUGCCAGCUUUUUUGGAUAUUGUGUUUUGUGUUUUCACAUCCCAUCAUGUCUACAAAGUACCUGUUUCCUGCUUCUGGUGAGAUGGAAAGAAGGCGGCAAUUACUCUUGAGGUAAAAUUCAAGGUAUUACCCAGCAUGAAGGCAGCAAGCCAGUAGUGGCCUUUGCAUAUGAGUUUAGACUUUCACAGUCUACAAUUUCAACUAUCUUAAAGGACAAGUGAAUCAUUGAAGGACAAGUGAAUACAUCAUCAGCAGGAGCGGCGCCUGUGGCUCAAAGGAGUAGGGCACCGGCCCCAUACACCGGAGGUGGCGGGUUCAAACCCACCCCGGCCAAAAACUGCAAAAAAAAUCAUCAGCAUUGGUUAAAUCCACUGUCAUCACAAAGAAAAGACCUGGGCCACUUGAUGAUAUGCAAAAAUUACUUGUUAAGUGGAUUGAAGAUCAGCUGUACAGAAGCAUAUACCACUUAGCCUACUGAUGAUCCAGGCUAAGGCAAGAAGUCUGUUCAAUAUGUUAAAAGAGGAUAACAGUGACCCUACAUAUAUACAGAUAUUUGAAGCAAGUCAUGGAUGGUUCCAGCACUUCAAGAAACAUAAUUUUCGUAAUGUGAAGGUCAGUGGUGAGCAUCAAGUGCAGAUACUGAACACACUGAAGCUUUUAAGGAACAGUUGCACAGGAUAAUUGUGGCUGAAGACUGCAUUGGGGAGCUAAUCAAACUGAAAGAAGAAAGAACUAAAGAGCCCAAGGCAAAGGAAGAAGUUAUACACAAGGCACCAAGAAAUUUCACAGCAAAGAAACUGGCAAAGGCAUUUGCUGCUAUCCACAUUGAUAUGUGGUCGUUAGGAGAAAUGGAUGUCAUUUAUGAGACAUUCAAAAAAGUUGAUAGGCAAAUAUAGAAUGUUUUUGAUUGCUAUAGAAAAUAUAUAAUGAAGAAAACUGUACAUCAAAACUUGGUAUCUUCCUGAAGAACACUAUGCCUGCUAAACCAUCAAGUGUUGAUGCCCCACUGCUUUCUACCGGCUAUUCUCAAGCCUCGUCAGAAGUGAGAGAUCCAGUAAAUUAUUUUUUAUUUCAAUGCUUCCAACUUGCUGUAGUGUGCUUUUACCUAUGUAAAUUAAUGGAUGCCCUCCAAAUCUCUGGUCAUGGAAUAUUUGGCUCAUCCUGGUGCUUUCACCUUGGCUGCUGGAGUUGCUUGUGGUAUGUGCCUGGGCUGGGGCCUCCGAGUACGUUUUGGGAUGCUUUCCAAAGGCUUGACGAGCAAGACAGACACAGAGACAGGCACUGAAGCAAGCAUCUUAGGAGAAAGUGGGGAGUACAAAAUGAUUCUUGUGGUUCGAACUGACUUAAAGAUGGGAAAAGGAAAAGUGGCUGCCCAAUGCUCUCACGCUGCUGUUUCUGCCUACAAGCAGAUUCAAAGGAAAAACCCUGAAGUGCUCAAACAGUGGGAAUAUUGUGGCCAGCCCAAAGUGGUGGUCAAAGCUCCUGAUGAAGAAACCCUGGUUCAGUUACUGACCCAUGCGAAAAUGCUGGGACUGACUGUAAGUUUAAUCCAAGAUGCUGGACGUACUCAGAUUGCACCAGGCUCUCGAACUGUGCUAGGAAUUGGGCCAGGACCAGCAGACUUAAUUGACAAAGUCACUGGUCACCUAAAACUUUAUUAGAUGGACUUUUAUGAUGACAGUUCCUCUAUCAGGUGUUUGAUGCUUGUCAAAUUUUAACAAUAAAAGCUGAAUUUCUUCCCUCAAUUUAAAUGUUCUUGAGAUGAAAAUAAAACCCAUUCC